CUGCUGUUCGCGGGCUGUCGGAGCAGAGACAGUUAUCAUGGACGUGGACAUGGUGGAGCCGAGCUGUGAGCAGAAACCGACAGAAAGCGCACUGAAGACGGGCACAGAAGCCGGGGAGAGUUCGUCGAAAAGCUCCGGCAGCGCCUACGAAUUACCCUGGGUGGAAAAAUACCGUCCGCUGAAGCUGAACGAGAUCGUGGGGAAUGAGGAGACGGUGAGCCGGCUGGAGGUGUUCGCCAGAGAGGGAAACGUCCCCAACAUCAUCAUCGCAGGUCCUCCCGGCACAGGAAAGACCACCAGCAUCCUGUGUUUGGCCCGAGCGCUGCUGGGAGCUUCCAUGAAGGACGCCGUGCUGGAGCUCAACGCUUCAAAUGACAGGGGAAUCGACGUGGUGAGGAACAAGAUCAAGAUGUUUGCUCAGCAGAAAGUCACACUGCCCAAAGGACGACACAAGAUCAUCAUCCUGGACGAAGCCGACAGCAUGACAGAUGGAGCUCAGCAGGCUCUGAGGAGGAUCAUGGAGAUCUACUCAAAGACAACGCGCUUCGCUCUCGCCUGUAAUGCCUCAGAUAAGAUCAUCGAGCCGAUCCAGUCUCGCUGCGCUGUGUUGCGUUAUUCCAAACUGACCGACGGACAGAUCCUCGCCCGCCUGCAGGAGGUGGUGGAGAAGGAGCAUCUGUCUGUGUCUGACGACGGGCUGGAGGCCGUUAUCUUCACCGCCCAGGGAGACAUGAGACAAGCGCUGAACAACCUGCAGUCCACCAACUCCGGCUUUGGCUACAUCAACAGCGAGAACGUCUUCAAGGUGUGUGACGAGCCUCACCCUCUGCUGGUAAAAAGCAUGCUGGGACACUGUGUGAAAGGGAGCAUCGACGAGGCCUACAAGGUGGUGGAGCAGCUGUGGGCUCUGGGCUACUCUCCAGAGGACAUUAUCGGAAACAUCUUCAGGGUCUGCAAGACCUACCAGAUGGCCGAGUACCUCAAACUGGAGUUCAUCAAGGAGAUCGGUUACACUCACAUGCGGGUGGCUGAAGGCGUGAACUCCCUGCUGCAGAUGGCUGGUCUGCUGGGUCGGCUCUGCAGCAAGACGGCGCCCCCUGCUGCCAGCUGAACCCCCCGACCCCCCACCCGCUGCUGCGUCCUCACAGUGCUGGACUCUGUCCUGGGUGAACGUUGUAGUUCACGCUUCUUCAGAUGCUCUAAGCAGCACCUCAACCUGACGCCUGAGGAAAAUGUUUGAUUGGUUGUCUGUAUCUGAGUUUACCUGUCGCACCUGUUCCAGUCCUCACAGCUGCCAUUUUGUGUCUGUGGAAACAAAAUGAUGUACAAAAAAAAGAGAAAUAAAUCUUUUCAUUAAAUAGA